AUGCAGAAUCGUCCUCGUGGCUGUGUUGCAGCUCUGCAUUUGCUGUUGAUGCUCUGCGGACCGGUGAUCGGGGCUUUACAUACGACGGAUGAGUUCACGUUCAGUUGUGUGCCAUUGACGACUCAGUUGUCGGAUCCGAUUGUUACGCCUGGAGAGCCGUCCGGACAUACACAUGUCGUUGCGGGGGGGACGGCAUUCCAGAGGACAAUGAAUCAGAGCACGGCGCAGAAUGCACGGGAUACGACAUGUGGGGUGGCGAUUGACAAGAGCAAUUAUUGGAUUCCGCAGCUCUAUCAUUGGAGGCGGAAUGGGUCGUUUGAGCUCAUUGAGUAUCAGUCAAGUAGUAUCUAUUACUUUAAUCGAGCAUGCAAUUAUACGGCUGGGUUGACGGCUUGCGAUGAAUCGCAGUUUGCGUUAGCGCCGCCGGAGGGACUGAGAAUGGUUGCGGGGAAUCCGCGUCUUCGGACAUAUAACGAUUCGGACUGGUCCCAACGCGCGAUCAGUCAUAUGUGCAUCGGGCAGGAUGGGAGCUCAAACGAGACCAAAGGUCUUCCUCAGCGACCAUGUGAGAUGCUGAGAUCCCAGGUGUUUAUGCCAUCUUGUUGGGAUGGAGAGAAUCUUGACAGUCAAGAUCAUCAGAGCCAUAUGGCGUAUCCGGUGAUAGGAGACUAUAACAAGGGUGUUUGUCCAGAAUCUCAUCCCGUUGCGAUAUAUUCCAUUUUUCUGGAAUUCUUUUUCAAUACAGCGCCCUUUCCCGACUACCGCAACUGGGUAUAUGCGAUGGGUGACCCAACUGGAUAUGGCCUGCACGGAGAUUUCAUGUAUGGCUGGACCGACCAGAGUGCUCUGCAGCAAGCAAUGGAUACGUGUACAGGCCCAAAUGGACUGACCGAUCCCGAAUGCUCGAUAACGAGGACCCAAAAGAGAGCCGUAGCUCCAAUGACGCAGCCUUUGGAUGUGGCUCCACCAAACGACGAAUUUGGACAAAACGGUCCUAUUGCAAGGUUGCCCGGUGGCCAUAACCCGGUAAUUGGACCACCGGGUUCACACUGGCAUGGUUGA